CAGGCGAAUUCCUCAUCUGGAAUGGCUGUCAACGAUGAGUGCAAAUUGAGGUUCCUGGAAUUAAAAACAAAGCGAAUUUACCGGUUCAUAGUGUUCAAGAUCGACGAGAAAGCUCAGCAAGUAAAGGUUGACAGGGCUGGAGAAUCUAAGGAAAGCUAUGAGGAUUUCACUGCCUGCUUGCCUGCUGAUGAAUGUCGUUACGCCGUCUACGAUUUCGAUUUCACAACCAAGGAGAACUGCCAGAAGAGCAAGAUCUUCUUCGUCGCAUGGUCUCCAGACACAUCAAGGGUGAGAAGUAAAAUGUUAUAUGCUAGUUCCAAGGAUAGGUUCAGGAGAGAGCUUGAUGGGGUUCAGGUUGAGCUGCAAGCAACUGAUCCUAGUGAGAUAAGCUUGGACAUUGUCAAACAAAGAGCCCUCUAAACCCUAAGUGUGAGUUUUGUUUUGUGUCUUUGUAAGUCUCAUGGACUUUGGUACAGUUGGAUUGAUGAA